GCUGUAGGCUGAGAGAGGCUGGGUCUUCCCAAAGGAUAUCAGGUGCAGUAUGAGCUGCAGAUACCUGCUCAGCUGGAUAAGCCUUUCAUCAUGGAAAGAAGGCUCCUAAAGAAGGAAAUGAAAAAGCUCCUGGGAGAUUAUAUUGGCAUCAGACUUCGGGAAAAUGAAUUUGACCCAAAAGGAAGAAGGCAGCUCACCUUUCUAGAUGAUAUGGCACACUAUGACUUGGCCAUCAGUGUCGCUUUGCAAUGGCUGAAUCACUCAGAAGACCUCACUUGGCUGGAGUGGGAGAAAGUGAAAAGGCCAUUUCAUGCCAGACCCAUAUAUCCAAACCAUAGAGAAAGGGAAGCAAUGAUCUUAUCAUCUUAUGCUGGAAUAUUAAUGAACAGCCUCCCAAUUGAGGAUGUCUUUAAUAUUUAUGGGGCUGCUUCUUCUGCCAAUCCUCGUGCUAACAAGGUUCCCCAUGCUCCACCUUUCCGCCUCUCCUUGCAUCCUUUUGCCAUGUUAACAGCACCCAAAGCAGCAGAAUAUGCCCGCAAACAGGGUGUCAAGUUAAGAAGAGGAGCAACGAAUAAAAAUGCCACCAGCAGCUCUGCAAGGGAAGGAAAUUCCACAGAACAGAAAUCAUCAAAAAAAUUUAUCUUUGGACACACAGCCCAAGAACAGAGCACUGCAUUUCUUCAUAAAGUAAGAGAAAAGAAGAAACUACUUUUUCAAAAUCCAGGUCACUUAGAAACUUGGAAUUGCACCCUGGGGCUUCAUAAUAAAGUCUCUGGGAGAGGAAAAGAAACAUCAUCUUAAAACUGCAACUCCUGCCAGUACAUUUUUCUUCACAGUUAGCUUUUGAUGCAAACUGCACUGAAGUAUUAUCUUUGGAUGUUGAACUUUCUUCUCUUAGAAUCACAUUGUAUGGCUACAUUUGGGUUAAAAAAAUGUGUGUACCUUACGCUACUUCAUUGUGAGUGGAAGAUGAUUGUGUGGAGAAUUCUAAGAAUACUGAGAAUUUCUAUGUCGGAGCAGACUGACUUUGCAGCACAUUUUAUUUCGCACUGUAUUGCAGAGUGGUGAAGUAGAAGGCAGUUUUCCAAAGUUUCAUUCCAAAAUGAAAUUAAUCUGUCAUUGACUGCCUUUGUUAUGUUCUCAUAUGUAAACAUUUAAAGACG